AUGCCGAAAAUACCUUACAAAGCAGAAAAGUCUCAGGAAGAAGACGAAGAUUAUGAAAUUGUUUCCUUUGAAGAUUUCUGUGACAAAAGUCCGGGUUCAAAAACUGAUUUGUUAACAUUGAAUGAUAAUAUAAACUACCGUCUUUGUUACGAGAGUGAUAAAUCUCCAAAUUUCGCUGAUAAAUACGGCGAACCAUCAAAUGUAGAUGCUGAAAAUCAUACAGAAACCUCGCUUAAUGACUCCAAGAAUGUCACCUUUAAAAGGAAACUGUCCAAUUCAUUUGCUCCGUUUGGUAGAUCAAAUGCCAAAUCUGGAAAAGCCCCGCUUUUCAGUGCAGUUAUACCAAAGGCAAGGAACGAAGGAGAGUCUAGUUCUAGAGAACAUCGAUACCAGCGUUUUUCUGAACAGCGUAACUGGUUGCAGCGUUCUUGGGAAUUGAUCGCGAGUGCUGGGCCGGGUAUGUUGGGUGUGGCGCUAGUGUGCGCGCUAUGCGUGGGCGCGUGGUGGGCCGCCAGCGGAGCCCUAGGCGGCGCUUGGGGCGAAGAACAUUAUAGGAAAUUAUGGGAACGGGCACACCCUGACAACACAAAGAAACCUCCGACUCCAAUGACUUAUGAGAAGAUAUUACCAGAAUACCGGUACCACGACCACAACAACCUCAGUACUAAGAACAAAAGCAACGGCACCGAGUUCACAAGGAAAAACGCAAAUUUGAACAAGAAGAGUUUCAUUGAUCGCCCUCCAGAGGUGCUCAAAGAUAUCUGUGCGAAGGUUGAAGACAACAUGCGUUUUGAUUGUUUCCCACAAGCCAACGCCAAUGAAAACGAUUGCAUUAAACGAGGAUGUUGUUGGCGUUUACCGGAGCAGAAAGGCGGCAAUAUCCCUUACUGCUUCUACCCACCGCAGUACGAUUCGUUCCGCUUUCUAAACAUGACGGAGGACAAGCAUUCCGUCACCGUUUACUAUGAAAAGGCACGCCCGUCCGGAUAUCCGGAUGAUUUCGAGGUCGCCCGGAUAGACUUCAAGUACAUGUCCGAUGAUACUCUGCAAAUUAAGAUAUAUGACGCUGAUAACAAGCGUUUCGAGCCGCCGUUGCCGGAGAUCGCUACCAAUUCUCAGCCCCUCUCUGACAUGAAGUACAGAGUGGAGAUCAACGCGUCCACGGUGGGAUUCAAGGUCGUGAGGAACUCUAACAACGUCACUAUUCUCGACACUCAAGACGUCGGCGGGCUCAUUUUGUCGGACAAAUUUCUGCAGUUAUCUGCGGUUCUAUCCACCAAACACAUAUUCGGUUUGGGCGAGCGACGCGCCAAGUUCUUGGUCGAUAUGAACUGGCAGACUUUCGCUUUGUUCAAUAGGGACAGGGCGCCUGUGGAACAUCAAAACCUGUAUGGUACACACCCGUUCUUCCUGGGCGUGGAACCGCAAGGAGACAGUUUUGGCGUUCUCUUACUCAACUCCAACGCUAUGGACGUGGUGACGCAGCCCGCGCCGGGCGUGACGUUCCGCGCCGUGGGCGGGGUGCUGACGUUGCUCGUGACGCUGGGCGGCGGGCCCGCGCACGUGGCGGCGCAGCACGCGCGCUUGGUGGGCCCCACCUUCAUGCCGCCCUACUGGGCGCUCGGCUUCCACCUGUGCAAGUUCAAUUACAUGUCAUUAAACACGACUCGCGAGGUUUGGAAGAAAAACAGAGAUGCCGGCAUACCCUUUGACGUACAAUGGAACGAUAUAGACUACAUGAAGAACCGUAACGACUUCACCUACGAUGAGGAGAACUUCGCCGGCCUCCCGGCCUUCGUUGAUGAGCUGCAUAAGGAAGGCAUGCACUACAUGAUCAUUAUUGAUCCUGGUGUAAGUGCGUCGGAAAAAGUCGGCACUUACCCGCCAUACGAUCGCGGCAUCGAGAUGAAUGUGUUCGUCAAGAACGCCACUGAUCAACCCUUCAUUGGGAAAGUAUGGAACACGGAAACCACUGUGUUCCCAGACUUCACCCAUCCCAACGCUACGCAGUACUGGCUCGACAUGAUGACCGAUUUCCACAAGAAAGUCAAGUACGACGGAGCUUGGAUCGAUAUGAACGAACCAUCCAACAUGCUGGACGGCAUAAAGGAGGGGCAGUGCGCGGACGAAAGGUUCCCGUACAUGCCUCACACGGGCGACGCGCUACUGCGCACCCACACCAUAUGUAUGGACGCGAAGCAAUACGCGGGAGAGCAUUAUGACCUACACAAUCUGUACGGGUUAUACGAAGCCGUCGCUACUAACUUUGCUCUAAGCGACAUCCGAGGCAAGCGUCCGUUCGUUAUAUCUCGCUCCACGUUCCUCGGCUCGGGCAAGUUUACCGGCCACUGGAGCGGCGACAUCGACAGUACGUGGCACGAUAUGCGCAUGACCAUACCCGAGUUGCUGAACUUCAACCUUUUCGGCAUUCCGAUGAUGGGUGCGGAUAUAUGCGGGUUCCGUGGGAACACGACGUUGGAACUGUGCAAGCGGUGGAUGCAGCUCGGUGCCUUCUACCCCUUCUCUAGAAACCACAAUUCUGAUACCUCCAGCCCCCAAGACCCGGUGAGCUUAGGGCCGGAAGUGGUAUCCGCCAGUCGCUCUGCCCUCAGGCUGCGCUACAGAUUGCUGCCCUACUACUAUACGUUGUUCUACAGAGCGCAUCUGUUCGGCGAGUCAGUAGUAACGCCUCUGUUCUACGAUGACCCAAAGAACGUGUCCCUAUACGAUAUUGACGACCAGUUCAUGGUCGGUCCUCACGUCAUGGUGUCGCCGAUACUACAACCUGGAGUCACCACAACUGCAGCGUUGUUCCCGUCGCAUAGCCGCUGGUACCACAUAAUGACCGGGGCAAAUAUCCCCUCCGGACAAAGGAGGGAUGUUACUGAAGACCAAAUAGUCACUGUUAAGGGUGGUGGUAUACUCCCCCUGCAAGAGCCUCCGUUACGCGGCCCCGUAACCACCACCAACACUAGAAGCCAGCCGUUACAGCUGCUGGCCGCCCCGAACGGCACGGACGCGGCCCGCGGGGAACUGUACUGGGACGACGGUGAUAGCCUCAACAACUACGACGAGAAGAAAUUCAGCCACAUAGAGUUCGAAUUGGAACGAAACGUACUACGAAGCAACGUCAUUUGGUGGGGCUUCGGCGUUCCUUCCAUAAACAACAUCACCGUUUUCAACCAACCCACUGUCGUAUCAGUAUCUGUUGAUGGAACCAACUGUGUUAAAUCGCACUGUCAGUUCGCAUACGUAGAAAAAUUCAAGGUACUACACAUUUUCCGCAUCAACUUGGCUCUAGACAAACCCUUUGAAGUAAAAUGGUUAUAUAAGGCGAAACACAACAAGGCUAUCGCCAUCAAUAGCCCUGCUGUUUCCUCCUCUGGUUAG